AUGUCGGAGCUCAGAAAGUGGGAUGCAAAGGAAGUUGCAAAGCAUAAUACACCAGAAAGCUGCUGGGUCAUCCUCUAUGGAAACGUCUACGACGUAACCGACUUUCUCUCGUCACAUCCAGGUGGCGCUAAAAUAAUUCUUCAACUAGCUGGUAAAGAUGCUACGGAAGACUAUGAUCCGGUGCACCCGCGGGGAACUCUCGAAUCGUCUUUGCCUCUUUCCGCAAAUCUAGGCCCCAUCGACGAAUCUACCGUUGACAGAGCCGAGUCUACAGUGGGCAAUAACCCGAACCUCGUGGUCGAAAAUGUCCCAAUUGCCAAUCUCCUGAAUCUUAAUGAUUUUGAAGCCGAAGCGAAGAAAAAGCUAUCGGAGAAAGCAUGGGCGUACUACUACUCCGGUGCGGACGAUUUGCUAUCUAAAGAACUGAACAACACCGUAUAUUCCCAGAUUCUGUUUCGACCACGUGUGUUCAUCGAUGUCACAGAAUGCGACCUUUCCACGACGAUAAUGGGGAUAAAAGCCGCGUCACCAUUGUACGUCGCCCCAGCAGCGAUGGCAAGGCUGGGUCACCCGGAUGGUGAACGGGGUAUUGCCAUCGCAUGCGGUAAGAAGGGUAUCAUUCAAGUUGUCUCAAACAAUGCGUCCAUGUCGGUAGAGGACGUCGUCGACUCACCGGUUACGCCAGAGCAAUCCUGGGGGUUCCAGUUGUACGUCCAGGACAAACGAGAAAAGUCGAUUGACAUACUUCGUAGAAUCGAGGCGACUGGGAAGUACAAGUUCGUAGUCCUAACCCUCGAUGCACCGGUCCCAGGGAAGCGGGAGCAUGAUGAAAGGGCGAAGAACUCUGGGAAUUUGACAUUGACUUCUGGGGUUGGCACUGGCACGGCUGCAGCUGGGGGUGGUGGGUUGGGGAAGGCUUUAUUCGCGGGAACCGCUGCAGACCUCACCUGGAAAAGUACCUUGCCUUGGCUAAGAAAUGCGACUAAGCUCCCGAUAAUCCUCAAAGGAUUGCAAACAUGGGAGGAUGCUAAAUUGGCAAGCGAAGAGCCGAAUGUAGCGGGCAUCGUUCUGUCCAACCAUGGUGGAAGAGGAUUAGAUACCGCGCCACCAUCAGUACACACACUUUUAGAGAUGAGGCGGUAUUGUCCGGAGGUAUUCGAUAAAAUUGAGGUGUGGGUGGACGGCGGAAUCAAGAGAGGAACUGAUGUUGUCAAGGCGCUCUGCCUUGGUGCAAAGGCGGUCGGUAUUGGGCGAGGAGCUCUCUUUGGCCUUAGCGUUGGCGGAAUCGAAGGCGUGGAGCGAGUCAUUGAUAUACUUCACGAGGAGAUGGCAACAUGUAUUAGACUAUUAGGUGCAGGAUGCAUCGGUGACCUUGGAAUGCAAUAUAUUAACACCCGAGCUCUUGAUCCACUUAUUUGGUGUCCAGAAGAUGACAUUUUGAGAUAUACGCCGAGGGCGAAGCUUUAA